AUGGACGCUGCGACCUCCACUCCUCAAUGUCUUCCUUUCCAGAUGAUGUUGAUUGGCUACGCACCCUGGAAGCGCACUUGGAAUUUCAACGUAUUUCCUGCGGGCUGGGAUUUCGAGACCUCAGGGGAUUUUAGGUUUACGCUUCAGGCCGUGAAGGCUUUUCAGCAUCCUGCUCUUGCUGAGAUAGCUUUACAAGAAUAUGCUGCGUGGAUAGCUGCUCAAAAUGAAAAGAUGGAGCCCGAUUCGCAAAAACGGUUGGAUGAAUUUCAUAUGUUGACUGGGGAGGCCGGUCAGGCUGGAGAACUUCUAAAUCUACCAUUCACAAGCAUGCCUGUCGGCGCCAAGUGGCGUAGCAGUCCCGAGCGAUUCCCCUUGCUGGGUAUGGAUGGACAACAUCCUGUCAAGUCUUGUAAGGCUACUGCUUCAGCUGCUAGUCGUAUUGAUAAUUUGCGCAUUCGACUGCCGACAUGGCUCAAAGCAUUAUUGCGCCGCAUCAGGAAGAAUGACCCACCUAGUCCACGAUAUAGCAUAACCAGCCAAACCACUGCCCUCUCCAGGAACAACCCGGUUGAGUUUCUAGAUUCCGACAUAAAUAAUGUCGCAGAGGAUCCAAGCAGUCUCCCAAAUUUGGAAUACCGCUCCUCACUGCCCCAGCCUAGACAUCCAAUGCAUCACCGCGAAAGAUUGUUGCAUCGACAUAGUACCGAUGGGAUCCCAGGCCCACCGCAUGAACUUCCCAACCACCUCCCUAGUCGGAAUUUGGAGAGAUUGGAAAAGCUUCUCCAAAAGACAUCCCAGAAACUGGCACAGGCAUCAGAUGAGCGACUCGAAGCCAGAGAGCAACUUUUUGAGCGAGAGGAGAAACGUGACCAUCUAAUGAACACUGGGACGGAGCUGAUGCAAAGGAUAGAUGCGCUUUUGGCCAAGGCUGAUCAAGAAACUAUUAAACCUGUCAUUCAGCAUUUCGAGCAGUUUAAGCACGAACAUGAGAUCUAUAUUGGUCUUGAGGAUGACUUUCGCGAAGUUGAGUCCCACUUGAUAGGGACUGAAUAUGCAUUAAAAGUCAGAUCGGACAAAGUGCUUAAAGAACUCCAUCGUAUGGAUCCCAGAAGUGAGGAAGACAGCAGGACAGUUUCAGACGAUUCGGAUAAUGACAUAUCAACCCAGUGGCCAGGUAUUCUUGCUGGGAUCGAGAGAGAUCAUCCACUUAUUGCCCGGUAUAUAUUCCUACUUGGGCAAAAAGGACUCAUCAAUGACGAUCUAUAUGAUUUGCAUUCGGAACGUCACAGGCUGCUUAAGGAGAAGAAGGCGCGAGGCCACACUGAGUCUACUUUGGAUAUUGAAUCAGAAAACUUCCUUGCUCAAUUUGAAGCUUCUGAAAAGGAGCUACUGGACAGAUUAGCCACCAUAGCUGAAGAGAGCCAACAGAUAGCGCAAGAAUGCAAGGAGCUGAGACUUACACUACCAUUUUCUGAGGAACCUAGGCAGGAAGAUGAACUGCGGGACGGUCAGGUACAGGAAGUUGGACUACAGGGAGUUGGACUACAGGGAGUUGGACUACAGGGAGUUGGACUACAGGGAGUUGGACUACAGGGAGUUGGCCUACAGGAACAGGAAGACGAACUACAGGAGCUAGAGGAUAAAUUGAGCAACGCUUCUUUGCCUGAAUCCCCGAUCAAAAGAGCGCAGCAGGGCCUAUGCGAAAAGAAAAAUCCGACCAACACUCCACCAGAUUUUGUCAACAAAUGGCUUCUGCAUCAACUAAACCUCUCCAGCUUUGAAAUGCCCCACUUCAUAAACAUCCUCGCCAGGAUAAAUGGCCGGAACAAGAAUGAGAUACUAGAUAUAUGGUACUUUGUGGUCGGACAGCUACGCAAGCCAUAG